AAAGAGACUUUCCCUGUGCUUCCAACUAAAUUAGUGCCCCUCCCUGGUCACUGUCUUAUCACUGUUUUAUUUUCAUCUCCUUCAGUUGUUUGUUUCCAUGUUUAUAUUCUGUCUUCUCCCACUUAAAUGUAAGCUCCAUGAGGACAUGAUUCUUCUGUAGUUGCUCUGUGUUUCCAGUGCCUGGCACAUAGCAGAAGCAUAGUAAAUGUUAACUCUUAACAUUUUUUUUUAAUUCUUGCUAACAUGUUCUCUGACUUGAAGGCAAGACAGUAUAUUUGCAUGGUUCUUGCCUUAGUCAACUUUCCAUUGCUGGAACAAAAUAUAUAUUUGAGAAAAACAACUUAGAGGAGAAAAGAUUUAUUUAGACUCACAGUUUCAGAGGUUUCAGUCCAUGAUUGGUGGUUCAUUGCUUUGGGCCUGAGGUGAGGUAGAACAUGUGGUAGAAGGCGGUGGCAGAGGAAAACUGCUCACCCCAUGGCAACUGGGAAGCAGAGAGAGCAAGAGAGAUGGAAGAAGGGGCUGGGGAAAAGAUAGACCCUUCCAAGGAACACCCUCAGUGACAUUUCCUCCAACUGGGCCCCACUGCCUGUAGUUACCACCAUAUCCCAAUAAUGCCAUCAAAUAUGAAUCCCUAAUGGAUUGAUACACUGUUGAAGUUGAAAGUCAUGAUCUGAUCAGUUCCCCAAAUCCCCACCUCUGAAUGUUGCUGCACUGGGGACCAAGCCUUCAACAGAUGAGUCUUUAGGGGAUCCUUCAUAUCCAAAACAUAAGUUUCCUACUACUUAACAUAGUAAGCACUCUUUAUUGCUGAACAAAUAGAUACUAAAUGCAUAGAAUAGUAUCUGGUACAUAGUAAAUAUGCUAUGGAUGUUAGCUAUUGUAUUUUUUCUUCAAUGAAUGAGUUUUAUUGAUUGUUUAGAUAGCCAAAACAUAAUACACUUGUACCUCUGUAUCUGUAGAAUGUUGAUUCCAGGACCUCUACAGAUACUGACAUCCAGGGAUGCUCAAGUCCCUUAUAUAAAAUGGUAUAUUACUUGCCUAUAACUGAUGAUCAUCCGCCUGUAUACUUUAAAUCUCUUAUGGGUUAUCAUAACUUUUAUAAUGUUGUUUUAGUCCACCCUUCAUCACCAGGACCAAAAUACCCAACAAGAACAACUUAGAGGAGGAAAAGUUUAUCUGGGACUCAUGGUUUUGGAGGUCUCAGUUCAUAGAUGGCCAGCGCUAUGGCUCUGGGACCAAGGUGAGAGCACAUCAUGGGGGAAGGGCCCAGUGGAGGAAAGCUGCUCAGCUCAUAGCAGGGUCAGGAAGAGCAAAGAGAGGGAAGGGAGAAGGGGCCACAGGACAAAUGUUCCCUUCCAGGGCACAGCCCGAGUCCAUGCAAACUAGAAUGGACUGAUUGUUACCGUUCUCGUAAUCUAAUAAUUUUAUCUCUUAACAUUGCUGCGUUAACACAGAAACUUGUGGGGGAUACCUCAUAUCUGAGCCAUAACAAAUGUAAAUGCAUUGUAAGUUGUUGUUAUACUGAAUGGUUAAGGACUAUGACAAGAACAAAGUCUACAUGUUUGGUACAAAUGCUGUUAUUUUUUUUCAAGUAUUUUCAAUCCACUGUUGAUUGAAUCCAUGGAUUAAGAACCUAGAAUGCAAAUCACAAAAAAAGUGAAGAAAAGAGGAUGUAAAUCAUGAGGGUGACCUGGCUUUGCUUUCCUUACUCCUCAAUUCUCAAAGAAAAGAAAAGAAUAAACCGGGUUCCCUCUCAGGAAAAAGAAACAAAAAUAGCUAUCCUGUAGUUGUUCUGCCUUGGAAAAUGAUGACAAUUUCAGGAACUCGGGUCAAGUCUGGUGCCAAGAAAGGGGAAAGCCAGGAAGCCCAGCAGGAGUCCAGCACUGAGAGUAUGAGGCUCUGGCCUCCCCAGGACACUUCCUUGUGAACACUUCCACCACGGCGGAGCCUUCCAAGCCUACCUCCUGCCGUGUGGUGAUCUACCUGCAGCGGGAGAUGUCGGGGGACACCUGUCUGUGCCCAGCCUCAGGGGCCAAGCCCAAGCUAAGUGGCUUCAAGGGAGGAGGGCUGGGCAACAAGUACGUGCAGCUCAAUGUAGGCGGCUCCCUGUACUAUACCACGGUGCGGGCACUCACCCGGCAUGACACCAUGCUCAAGGCCAUGUUCAGUGGGCGCAUGGAGGUGCUGACUGACAAAGAAGGCUGGAUCCUCAUAGACAGAUGUGGAAAGCACUUUGGCACCAUUUUGAAUUACCUCCGAGAUGACACUAUCACCCUCCCUCAAAACCGGCAAGAAAUCAAAGAAUUGAUGGCUGAAGCAAAAUAUUACCUCAUUCAGGGCCUGGUGAACAUGUGCCAGACUGCCCUGCAGGACAAGAAGGACUCCUACCAGCCUGUAUGCAACAUCCCCAUCAUCACGUCCCUGAGGGAGGAGGACAGGCUCAUCGAAUCCUCCACCAAGCCCGUGGUAAAGCUGCUGUACAAUAGAAGCAACAAUAAGUAUUCCUACACCAGCAACUCCGAUGACCACCUGCUGAAAAACAUAGAGCUGUUUGACAAGCUGUCCUUGCGCUUCAACGGCCGCGUGCUCUUCAUCAAGGAUGUGAUUGGUGAUGAGAUCUGCUGCUGGUCCUUCUAUGGCCAAGGUCGUAAGCUGGCAGAGGUGUGCUGCACCUCCAUCGUGUAUGCCACAGAGAAGAAGCAGACCAAGGUGGAAUUUCCAGAGGCCAGAAUCUAUGAGGAGACACUCAAUGUCCUACUCUAUGAGACUCCCCGAGUCCCUGACAACUCCUUGUUGGAGGCCACAAGCCGAAGCCGCAGCCAGGCUUCCCCCAGUGAAGAUGAGGAAGCCUAUGAACUGCGGGAUCGUGUGCGCCGCAUCCAUGUCAAGCGCUAUAGCACUUACGAUGACCGGCAGCUCGGCCACCAGUCUGCCCAUCGUGACUGAUAAGACCCUCAAGGAGUCAGGGCACAAAAGGCCCUGUCUCCCACCCUUUGCAGCUCCACACUGCUACUGGCUGGUUGUCAGCUCCAGAACUCAGAAAUGACAGGCCCUUCCUGUGAGGUCAAGGGCCUGGGCAGGGGUGGAUCCUGUUCCCUGGCCCUGACUGCUGAGCACUACCAGAUGCUUCUCCCUUCCUGUCCAGCAGGGAGCUACUUCUGUUGUGGAGUGAGCUGACCAGCCUCCCACCUCCUGCUAAGAACAUUCCCCUCUGGGCCCUUUGCUAAGCACCCUUCCUCAGCAGAGCCCCAUGGGAAUGGCUUCAUUCUGGGGGAAAGGCUGCUUCUGGUGCUGUGGAGAUCCAGUCUUUAUCACAGGUGGGGCUUCUUUUUUCCUAAGGUGUUGAAGCACAGGUUUGAUGAGUUUUAUUUUUAAACAAAAAUCUAGGAAAUGAAUAGUUUUGUAUAAUGAGGGGACUGGGCAUUUGUUACCCCUGCAGGGUGUCAGAAGCCUGCAUAAGAUAGACCCCUCAGCCCUUCUUGAUGCUUUUGGGAUCUGUCUUUAAAGCACUUUGUACUGUUAUUCAGGAGAUUAAUCUGCCCUGACCCACCCCUUUUUUUGACCCUUAAUCCCCUUUCCUGCAAGGGAUUCUGAGGGAGGGGAUAAAGAGAAAGCAAUAAAAACAAAACUGACCAGCUUUGGCUUUGUCAGCCUACCCAGUCAGACCAGUGCACCAAGGCCGGCAGGCUGUGUCAGAUGAGACCUGUGGUCUUACAGCAUGCCACCAGAAGAGACAUUUCGCCCCCACAUCUUAGGGUCAUGUCACUGACUCUUGGGAUAUAAUAGGACUGUUCUCUUUGAUUCUUGUCCUUGCAUACCCUUAGCUCCAAGGCACAUUGACUUCACAUACUGUAAAGGCUAAAGUAGUCAAUAGUGGAUAGGAGCUACCUUGGGCCAUAAACAUGAGCCCCACGUGGACGUCUUUAGAGCCCAUGGGCAUUGUACAGUGCUGGCCUACAUGCCCAUUAGCUGAGGACAGUGGACUGAGCCCUGCACAUCCAAUAGCCCGUGACCCACCCCAACCUGCAUGCUGUUGGUUUUUGUCCUGGCUGAGGAUGGUGGUUCUGCCCAGUGGUGAGCUCUGAACACAGAGCUAUAGGAAAAACCUAAGCCCCUUGAAGGCCCUCAUUCCUUCAUGGCAUGGAGAUGCCACAUAUCAGCCAAGGUAUGAGUUCUCAGGGCUUUGGUUUUCAUCCUGUGUUUGGCUUGGCCCUCGGGAGUCUGCUCAUCUGAAUUCUUUCCUGAGGAAUGCUCUCAGGGAGUAUUCUGCCAGCCUUAUGAACCAGCGUGGCUAUGUACGUUACCUACUCCCUCAAGAAGGAGCACAGGCUGUCUGAUUUAUCCCUCUUGACUACUCUAAGGGCUGCUCACAGCUGAUCCCACAGAGCUUAAGGGCAAAUGCCAGGCCAAGGGUUGGCCACUCACAAGGACCUGGAAUGACAUGAUGGGACAGGGGAAAUGUGACUUAUUAAUCAGGCAUUUUAUAUUAGUCAGUCUUGAAUGUAAAAUUAGCUAAAGACUCUCAAGUCAGGUUGGUGAUCAGCUACUAGGUCUUCCAGCCUUCACUGCAAUUAAGAUGACAAUCCAUUUUUUGGGCAAAUUUAGGCUUUGGGGGCUGGGGAUAUGGCUUAGUGGUAGAGCACUUGCUGGCAUGCAUGAGGCCCUAGGUUCAAUCCCCAACACCACCAAAAACAAACAUACAAACCCCCCCCAAAUUUGGGCUUUGGCUUUGUGGCUUUCCUAAGGAGAUGGAAUGCUCCAGCCUAGGACCCCUGGCCUAUUUUCUCAGCUGCACUCAUGAAGCCCUUUAAUGCUCAGAUUGCCAGCUCUCCACUGAGGCAGCUUCAUGCUUGUCCUUUGACCUCCACGUUCCCUUAGCUUCUACUUGGUGCUUUGACAUUCAGAUCUUCGGCUGUCUCAGUGAUACCUCAUUUUGGUCCUGAGAAAGCACUGUAGUCUAGGGCUAGGUGGGCAUUUAUCUUCUGAAUGAAUAUAUCUUCUUGGUCUUAAGGAAAACACUAACAAUUCAUUGAAAUGAUCUCUGCUUCUUUAAUCAGACUUUUUGGCUUAAGGGUUUGGGAAAUUCCCCAGCCCCAUUCAGAAAGCAGCUCUUGGCAGUGUUGAAUUUUUCAACUCCAACCAGCCCAGUGGGGAGUAAACAAAAAGUGUGGAUGAAGGUCAAACCUUGUUGGUUUCUGAGAAAACUGGACGCUUGCCAUUAACAAUGCAGACCAGUACUGGGGUUUUGAAUCUGGUAUGUGACUACAGUCUACCUGAAGGAUGGCACAGGUCCUGGCAUGAGAGAAUUUUUCCUUUAUCACAUAAUUGCAGUCCUUUCUUGCUCAGCCUAAGUAAUGGAAGUAAACACUAAUUUCUAAUAAAAUUGUGUUAUGCUGCA